AGGUUGCACGUUUUCAAAAAAUACCUAAUGGUGAAAAUGAGACAAUGAUUCCUGUAUUGACAUCAAAAAAAGCAAGUGAAUUACCAGUCAGUGAAGUUGCAAGCAUUCUCCAAGCUGAUCUUCAGAAUGGUCUAAACAAAUGUGAAGUUAGUCACAGACGCGCCUUCCAUGGCUGGAAUGAGUUUGAUAUCAGUGAAGAUGAGCCACUGUGGAAGAAGUAUAUUUCUCAGUUUAAAAACCCCCUGAUCAUGCUGCUCUUGGCGUCUGCUGUCAUCAGUGUUUUAAUGCAUCAGUUUGAUGAUGCCGUCAGUAUCACUGUGGCAAUACUUAUCGUUGUUACGGUUGCCUUUGUUCAGGAAUAUCGUUCAGAAAAGUCUCUUGAAGAAUUGAGUAAACUUGUGCCUCCAGAAUGCCAUUGUGUGCGAGAAGGAAAGCUGGAGCAUACGCUUGCCCGUGAUUUGGUUCCAGGAGAUACAGUUUGCCUUUCUGUCGGGGACAGAGUUCCUGCUGACUUACGCUUAUUCGAGGCUGUGGAUCUUUCCAUUGAUGAGUCCAGCUUGACAGGAGAGACAACACCAUGCUCUAAGGUGACAGCUCCUCAGCCAGCUGCCGCUAAUGGGGACCUCGCUUCAAGAAGUAACGUCGCCUUCAUGGGGACACUGGUCAGAUGUGGCAAAGCAAAGGGUAUUGUCAUUGGAACUGGAGAAAAUUCUGAAUUUGGGGAGGUGUUUAAGAUGAUGCAGGCGGAAGAAGCGCCAAAAACCCCUCUGCAGAAGAGCAUGGACCUCUUAGGAAAACAACUUUCGUUUUACUCCUUUGGUAUAAUAGGUAUCAUCAUGUUGGUUGGCUGGUUACUAGGAAAAGAUAUCCUGGAAAUGUUUACUAUUAGUGUAAGUUUGGCUGUAGCAGCAAUUCCAGAAGGUCUUCCCAUCGUGGUCACGGUGACUCUAGCCCUUGGUGUUAUGAGAAUGGUGAAGAAAAGGGCCAUUGUGAAAAAACUGCCUAUUGUGGAAACUCUGGGCUGCUGCAAUGUGAUCUGUUCAGAUAAGACGGGAACCCUGACAAAGAACGAGAUGACCGUCACUCACGUCUUCACCUCCGACGGGCUGCAUGCCGAGGUUACUGGAGUUGGCUAUAAUCAGUUUGGGGAGGUGAUUGUUGAUGGUGACGUUGUCCAUGGAUUCUAUAACCCAGCUGUCAGCCGAAUUGUUGAGGCGGGCUGCGUGUGCAACGAUGCUGUCAUUAGAAACAACACUCUGAUGGGGAAACCAACCGAAGGGGCCUUAAUUGCACUUGCCAUGAAGAUGGGUCUUGAUGGACUCCAGCAGGACUACAUCAGGAAAGCUGAGUACCCGUUCAGCUCUGAGCAGAAGUGGAUGGCGGUGAAGUGCGUGCACCGGACACAGCAGGACAGACCAGAGGUUUGCUUUAUGAAAGGUGCUUACGAACAAGUGAUUAAGUACUGUGCCACCUACCAGAGCAAAGGACAGGCCUUGGCCCUCACCCAGCAGCAGCGCGAUGUGUACCAGCAGGAAAAGGCGCGGAUGGGCUCCGCCGGGCUGCGAGUUCUUGCUUUGGCUUCUGGUCCUGAGCUGGGACAGCUGACAUUUCUUGGCUUGGUGGGAAUCAUUGAUCCUCCCAGAACUGGCGUGAAAGAAGCUGUCACAACACUCAUUGCCUCAGGAGUAUCGAUAAAGAUGAUUACUGGAGAUUCACAGGAGACUGCGGUUGCAAUCGCCAGUCGUCUGGGAUUGUAUUCCAAAACAUCCCAGUCAGUCUCGGGAGAAGAAAUAGAUGCGAUGGAUGUCCAACAGCUUUCUCAAGUCGUACCCAAGGUUGCGGUGUUUUACAGAGCUAGCCCAAGGCACAAGAUGAAGAUUAUUAAGUCUCUGCAGAAGAACGGCUCUGUCGUGGCCAUGACGGGAGAUGGAGUCAAUGAUGCCGUUGCUCUGAAGGCUGCAGACAUUGGUGUCGCCAUGGGCCAGACUGGCACCGAUGUCUGCAAAGAGGCGGCGGACAUGAUCUUGGUGGAUGACGACUUCCAGACUGUAAUGUCUGCAAUCGAAGAGGGUAAAGGGAUUUAUAAUAACAUUAAAAAUUUUGUUAGAUUUCAACUGAGCACGAGUAUAGCAGCAUUAACUUUAAUCUCAUUGGCUACUUUAAUGAACUUUCCUAAUCCUCUCAAUGCCAUGCAGAUUUUGUGGAUCAAUAUCAUUAUGGAUGGACCCCCAGCCCAGAGCCUUGGAGUAGAGCCAGUGGAUAAAGAUGUCAUUCGUAAACCUCCUCGCAACUGGAAGGACAGCAUUUUGACUAAAAACUUGAUACUUAAAAUACUUGUCUCAUCAGUAAUCAUUGUUUGUGGCACUUUGUUUGUCUUCUGGCGUGAGCUACGGGACAAUGUGAUAACACCUCGCGACACAACGAUGACCUUCACGUGUUUUGUGUUCUUCGACAUGUUCAAUGCACUAAGUUCCAGAUCCCAGACCAAGUCUGUGCUUGAGAUUGGUCUCUGCAGCAACAGGAUGUUCUGCUACGCCGUCCUCGGCUCCAUCAUGGGACAGUUGCUAGUGAUCUACUUUCCUCCGCUCCAGAAGGUGUUUCAGACGGAGAGCCUAAGCAUACUGGACCUGCUGUUUCUAGUGGGCCUCACCUCAUCUGUGUGCGUCGUGGCAGAAAUCAUAAAGAAGGUCGAGAGGAGCCGCGACAAGCCCCAGAAGCCCGCCAGCACCACGGCGGCAGCGUUCCUGGAAGUAUGAUGCACAUUGCAUUCUUUCGUUUGCACACCCAGGGGUUGCCGUCUGGGGCCGUUGAGAAGGGCACGCUCAAGAGGAUGAUGAAGAUCGAGGACUUUCUGGCUUUUCAUUGACUAAAAAUGAACAUUCAUGUAAGACCUGGUUGAGACUUUAACCUGCUGGCAGUCCCAAGCGAAGUUAUGCAACUUUGAUAACCUAUUCCUUGAUUUAAAUUGGCUUUUGAGGUUGAGUGGAACCUUGUAAAGCAUCUGGGCUGUUAUUUAAUAAAAAAGGAAGGCAAACCUGAACCACCUUCUGCACUUAAAGAGGUCUAGCGGUACAGAUACACUGUCUAUCUUAGCUAGAUACAAAUAUUUUUUUUAUUUUUAAAUAUUGUGCUAUUUAUGGUGGUGGGGCUUUCUUACUAAUACACAAAUAAAUUUAACCGUUUCCAAGGCAUUCUGUUUCGCUUAGGAGUUGAUUUCUGGGAGUGCUGUGCUUCAGCUACUGUGUGUCCUCUUCCCUGUACCGUAAGCAGUUCAGAUACCUUGGGCCACCAUGUUUGUAUCUCACGUUUUUUGCACAGGAUGCGACCACUGUCAGAUCACUGUUCUUUUCUUUCUUUUUGUGAUUGAAACGACUAUGCUGCGAUUUGAAGUAAAUUUUUGCUUUUCCUAGUAACCGUCAACGGUUGCUUUAUUUUUUUCACUCCUGAGUCCUUGGUACCACAGAAUUAAUGCCGGGUGAUCAAGUGGCAUUCUAGUGAGGGUAACAGUAUCUGUGGUUAACACUUGAUCAUGGAGUCAAACACUGAAGAAUAAUUGGGCUGAGAUUUAUAACAUUAUAUUGAUGUGUCAUGCCUCCUUUUCGAGGGUUAAAUAUAAAUGUAUAUUUUGUCAGCUGUCAUUUGGUCAUCCUCUAAACAUAAAUCCAGGUACCUCAGCUGAAUAACAACGGAAUUUUACUGUUUUUACUGUUUCUUUUGUGUGUUUGUAAGGAUAUCUCUUAGGAAGUAUAGGCUACUGUGCUUAAAGAAUUAUAAAACCCCACGCCCAGACAGACAGUUUAACGUGCCUGUGGGAGCAUCUGCUGGCUGUGCCCUUGCGCCGGCAGCGACUGGGCCCAGGUGGCAGCGCAGCCCUGAGUUCAUCCCCUCUCUGUUUCCACCAUGUUCACCACCACCUUUGUGCCUCAGCGGACAGGCUAGGGAAAGAGGUGGGCUUAUUUUACCUGAUGCCAUUGGUUUCCACAACAGCUUGAUGAAGUGUAGCUAAUUUGUUUUGAGUGUGCAGCCUAUUUGAGCCAGAAUCAGAAAUUUGUUCUCCUGUUGAAGAUUUCUCACUAUCCACAGAAAUGGGCCUCCAUUUUUACAGGUUUAGUUCUUCUUGAAGUUCAUGUGUUUUGUAUUUUAGAAAUAGGAUAAACCACUGUAGUUCUUACCUAGUAUUAAACUGCAAGUGUUAGCACUGAAAUUGUCUAUUCUUUGAGUCCCUGUUCCUGGGACAGUUGAGUUGAGGACCUGCCAUGUAUCAGCUCACUCUACCCUUGAAGGCUGAACAGUGGUGUGUACGUUGUUCCACGUCAGUAGAUGCGGGGACCACGGAGGCUGUUGUCUGAUGAACUCUCGUUCUGACUUGAUGUCUCACACCUGAAUUUUGUGAUGACUUUUCGUCUGUUACAAAGACUUGAAAUACAAAUUAAAUGCACGUCAAUCUUUUUGGUCUGCAUUUUAGGUCCAGAUAAUGGCUUGUGUGAAAUGAAUAUGCCUGUCCUUUCGUUUGGUUUUUGAACUAUAAAAAUAAAACAGUUUCUUUCCUAA